GAUGGACUGGUUGUGCUUUUGACCUUGAGGUGCCAGAGUAAUCUUUUGGGAUCUCAGAGAGAGAUUCUUGUUUGGUUUUUACAAAUUGGUGAUGUUGGAUCUUCUCGCUUGGGAAAUUUCCUUCCUCAAACAGAUAAUGUUCUUGAUGAGAUAUGCCGAUUGAUUGAUGAUAAACUCAGAGACUCGAUGUUGUUAAGC